UGAUGAUGAUGAUGGUGUUUGGUUGUGUGAAGGGCUCGUCUCCUCGUCUGGCUCUAGAGAAGAGUCUCGUCUGGCCGUCCAAAGACACACAGUGUCUCCACACGCUGAAACACCUGCAGAACGGUGCUCGCAUCACUGUCCAGAUGCCACCCAACAUCCAGGGACACUGGGUCUCCACCAGCUGUGAGGUUCGUCCCGGUCCGGAGUUCAUCACUCGCUCGUACCGCUUCUUUCACAACAACACGUUUCAGGCGCAUCAGUUCUACUACGCAGACGAUCAGUGCACCGCGCCGAGCUACACGCUGCUGAUCCGGGGCCGUCUGCGUCUGCGGCAGGCGUCCUGGAUCAUCCGAGGCGGCACCGAGGCCGACUAUCAGAUCCACGGCACACGUCUGGUGUGUCACUCGGCAUCUGCGGCCCGAGAGCUCGCUCAGCGGCUGAAGCACAGCUGCAGGGAUCUGGGCUCCUGGCUGCCGAACGUGAGCUACGAGCUGUGGAGCGACUGCGGCUGUGCACUGAACUUCUCCAUGCACGAGCUGCAGCUGCUGCGGCUGGAGAAGCAGUAUCUGCAUCACAGUCUGGAUCAGCCGCUGGAGGAGCUUUAUCUGGGAGACAUUCACACCGAAGCGGCGCAGAGGAUGCUCUACAGGCCCUCCAGCUACCAGCCCGCGCUGCAGAACACACAGAAUCAGGAUCUCAGCUGCGUGGUCUGCCGCAUCGUCUCCAGCUCAGACGAGUUUGAUCCGCCGGUUCUCCCGCUGCGGCCCGAGCUGACGGUGACCCUGAGGGGCCAGUGGGCUUCCCGCCGCUGCGAGGUCCGGCCCGCGGUCCUGUUCCUCACGCGACACUUCAUCUUCCACGAGGACAACCACACCUGGGAGGGUCACUACUAUCACUACUCUGACCCGGCCUGCAGACACCCCACCUUCAGCCUGUUCGCCCGCGGACGCUACAGCCGCGGCCUGCGCUCCACACGCGUCAUGGGCGGCACUGAGUUUGUGUUCAGAGUGAGUCAGAUGCGCGUGACACCGAGGGAUCUGGCGAGCACGUCUCUGCUGAACGUGUUUAACGGGAACGGCUGCGGUGUUCAGGGCUCGUGGCAGGUGGGCGUGGAGCAGGACGUGACUCCGACCAAUGGCUGCGCGGCGCUGGGGCUCCGCCUCCCGCACACAGAGUAUGAGCUCUUCCGAUUGGAGCGUGACGCCGGCGGACGCCUGCUGCUGUUUAACGGCCAGCGGCCCAGCGACGGCUCCAGCCCCGACCGGCCCGAGAGACGGCCCUCAUCCUACCAGACGCCGCUCGUGCAGUGCUCCGCCGCUGGAGGUCAGAGGUCAGAGGUCAGCGCCGCGCAGCGCCCCAGCAGCUGGGCCGGCGACCUGGCGGCAGCAGCGGUCUGGAGUUUGGCGUUUACGGGUUUCUUGGGCUGAGAGACGUAAAAACAAACAGAUGUUUGUGACCCAGAAUGCACUUGACGGGACGGGACGAACGAAAACUGCUGCACAGCAGGAACCGCACUUUACUAGAAGCCCUGCGCUUUCAUCCAGACGGGACUUUACAUCCUAAACAUGCCUGCAAAUCUCCCAAAAACAAAGAUUCUGUCAUUAUUUAUUCACUUUCAAUGCGACGACAGUUCAUAGAGUCC